AAACCAAGGUGCGCGAGAACGAAGCUCUGCCCAGCUCUGCCGGUGACCUGCACCGGUGAGAAGUCGUGUCGAAUCGGUUUGAAUUUAGAAAUAUCAGAGAAUAAUGUUGAUAGCUUUAAAAAAUUAAGCAACUUUAUUGAUUACAUAAGUGAUGCAGAAGAUCAAAUAACUUUGAGAGAUUAUUAUGAUAAUGUUAACAAUCCUGUUAAUAGUACUAAUUUAGUUAUAAUCUUAGCUUGUAAACAUAGUAAGGUAAAAAUUUUAGAGUACCUAUUUGGCAGUAAUAGUAAAAUACUUAGUAAUUUAUCUGUUGGCAUCAAAGAAACAACCAUGUUACUAGAAGAUGAGGAUGAAACAUGCCAUAAUGCAUUUUAUUAUGCUAUACGUUCAGGCAAUAUUGAGCUUCUUGAUACACUCAUUAAUAAAUGGCCAGGCAAUUAUAUUGCUGUUCAUUUGGAGGAAUUAGAUAAAAUUCUUUCACAAACUUAUGAGGAAUUAAAACUAAAGAAUGUACUAUUGUCAGAAGAGAUAGAAAUUUUUGUUGAAAAUAAAUUAAUAAACCUCCGUUUUUUUUCUAAUGCUUCUAAACAAGAUCAAAAUGUGAAGGAUUACCUUAAUAAUAUCAAAGAACGGAUUGAAUUAGUACUUCAAAAUAUUAGCUUGUUAAAGGCAGAGUACUCAAACACAAAAAAAGUAGAUGAAAAGUUUUUAUUCAUAGCAAAAUUUAUUGCACAAAAUAUUCAUAUAUUAAAACGACAAUUGAAGUCAACCUAUGAUAGAUUAUCUUGGGAAGAAAUGGAAUUUUGUUUGGUCAGUUUUGUUUCCUCUCACAUAAAAUGUCAAGAAAUUAAUCUAUUCUAUCAUGCCAUAUUGAAUAAAAGUAAAAUACUAAACCACUUAGAAAAUUUUGCAAAGAGACUUAAAGAGGAAAAAGAUAUUAUAGAAGGUGUGGACAUUGAUAAAUUUGCUAAUCUCCCAAAAUUAAAACGUGAAAAAGUUGUUGCAGAGAUUGUUAGUAAUUAUCCUCAAUUUGGAGAGUUGUACAGUGAUUAUCAACAAAUUAGGGAUAUCCAUUCUUUAGAAAAAAUAAGUGCUUAUAUAAAGCUGGCAUUAUCGGCUGAUCCUAAACAAAGAGAAGGACAGUUAAUUAUUACAAGAGUUUUACAGGUUAUUGGUGAAUAUUUAAAAAACACUCUAGAGUCUCCUAAGUUAUCUAGCACUACAAGUGAGCUUCUUCUACUAUCAUUACCAAAGAAUACAAGACAAGUCAUUAUAGAUUUACGUAAUUCAUUAUCACAUGCUUACUCGCUCUCUAAAAGAACAGAGAUGGAGGAAAAUACAGAUGUUAACUUUUUUAUUGGUGUUCAAAAUGAUACUAAAAGAAUCGAUGAUGUAAUUACUGAUAUUCUUUACAACAAUAAGAUAAAAAUGAUCAAAAUACUGCUAAAGAAAAUUACUAAUAGUGAAUGCUUAGACGAGGUAAAGGAAAUUAUUGAAAUAUUUAGUAACGUUGAAUUACAUAAAAUGACUAUGGAAAGUUUUAAAGUAAUGGAACAUGAGAAGCUUGAAAAACUUAUUAAAGAAUUAAGCGAUAAUAUAACUGACAAGACAAAUUAUGAAAAAGAGCUAUUUAAUAAAAUUAAUAACAUAAUCAAUUUUGUAAAAACUAAAUCAGAUAAUAUCAGAACUGAUUAUAUCAUGGCGUUAAUGUCCUUAAAGAGUUUAGGUAAUGGCUUUAAUAUCUAUGCCGAUAAAAUUGACCACAAUGUUAUUAGAACAACGAAAUUCUUUGCUAAUAAAACACUAGGGAAUAUUGCUUCCAAAAUGGAGCCUCACAAUCUUAAAGAAAUUGCAAAGCUGUCAAUGAAAAUUUUUCAUAGUGCUAGGUCAAAAAAACAGGAUGACAACCUUGAUAAAGUUAGUAGAUUAACUUGUGAGAUUUUUUAUAUUGCUGAAUUUGGAACAGGUGACCUUAAAUGGAUUGAGGAAUUAAGAGAAAAGUUGAAUGAGAAAGGUUCUUUUAUUCCUGUAUUUAAACAAAAAAAGGCUUACAAUAUAACAAAAAAAAUAUAUAAUAACUGGCUUGCACUAAAGCUAUCUGAACUGGAAAGUAUUUUAAGGAAUAACUCAUUAAGCGGCAAGUUAAAUGAAAAACUCCCUUCCUAUAAGAAGAAUAAAAAGUUGCAAGCAGUAGUAGAAAUGCUUGUUCUGGAUAUAAUGUCAAUUUUAGAUAGAUCAGAGAAGCAUCUAGAAAACAAUCUAUUUUUUUUAGAUGAUAACACUCCUUUAUUAAUUGGAAAAUGUUUGCGUAAUCACUUAGCACACGAUAAUACCUUAGUUGAUGUAUUGUUAUCUGAUCCCUCAAUAGCAGUUAUUUUGAACGCUAAAAAACUUCUUUCAGAAAAUGUAAUAAAAAGUAAAAAAAAAAUUGGUAAAUUGGUAAGAGAUGAUUCUUCCAAACUGAAGAAUAAAUACAAUCAAAGCCUUAUCAUUAUUACUAAUAAGGAAAAAAUGUUUGCUGCGUUGAAAGAAGGAAAUCUUGAAGACUUAAAGAGUUAUCUUAGAAAAGGAGCAGAUAUCAAUGCUAGAGAGAGUAUUAACUUAUCGACCACAUUACAUUUUGCUGCUCAUGGAUCUAGUCUUGAAGUUAUAAAAUUUAUCCUUGAUCAAAAAUUAGGUGUCAAUGUUAAAGAUGUAAAUAGUCAAAGUCCACUUCAUAUUGCUGCUGCACAUGGAAGGAAAAAUAUUGUCGAAUUUUUUAUAAAAGAAGCAGGUGUAUAUGUUGAUGAUCUAGAUAAUAGUGGCAAAACACCACUACAUAUUGCAGCUAAAAAUGGUCACAAAGAUACUGUUGAAAUUCUACUAAAAAGUAAUGCUAAUACUAAUACCAAAGAUAUAGUUGGUUUUUCACCUGUACACUAUGCAGUAAAAAAUAAUCAUAUUGAUAUUGCUAAGAUUAUGCUGGAAAAAGAAGUAAAUGUUGACAUCAACGAGACUAUGGGUGGCUUUACGUCACUACAUAUAGCUGCAGAAAAUGGUUAUCUGGGACUAGUUAAUUUUUUAUUGAAAAAUGAGGCAAAUGUUAAUGCAAGAAACGAUAAGCAGGGAAUACCAUUACAUACAGCAGCACUAAAUGGCCAUCUAGAAGUAGUGAAUGCUUUAAUUCUCAAAGGAGCAGAUGUUAACUCCAGAGUCGUAGAUGGUUGUACAUCAUUACACUACGCAAUAGAAAACGGUCAUGAAAAGAUAGCUAAUAUUUUAUUGAAGUAUGGAGCUAAUGUUAAUGUUGUUGACAAAACUUAUAAUAACACACCUUUGCACUACGCAGCAAAAGAUGGACAUGAGAAAAUUGUUAAGACUUUAUUGAAGAAUAAGGCAAAUGCUAGUAUUGCUACUAUGGAAGGUAUAACUCCACUACAUUUUGCAGUGCAGAAUGGCCACUUGAAAAUAGUUGCUGCUCUCCUCGAGCAUAGAGUUAACAUUUGCGCUAAAGAUAAAAAGAAUGCUACGCCAUUACACUAUGCAGCAAAGAGUGGUCAUAAAGAAGUUGCUGAGUUUUUAAUAAAAAAUGGAGCAGAAAUCAAUGAUAAGGAUAUUAAUAAUCUAACACCAUUACAUAUAGCUGCUCUGGAAAGUCACAAAGAUAUUAUUGAACUCUUAAUAAGAAAUAAAGCUGAAAUUAGAGCUCAAGACAUUGAGGGUAAUACACCAUUACAUGCAGCUGCAAUGAAUGAUAACAAAAGUAUUAUUGAUCUUCUAAUAAAAAAUAAAGCUGAAGUUAAUGCUAGAAAUAAUGAUGGCAUGACGCCAUUGUACAUAGCUGCUCGAAAUGGACAUAAAAACGCUAUUGUUUUUCUAAUUGAAAGUAAAGCUGAAGUCAAUACUAGAGCUAAUUAUGGUCUUACACCUUUACAUGCGGCUAUUGUGGGAAAUCACAAAGAUAUUGUAAACCUUUUAAUAAAAAAUAAAGCUAAAGUUAACGCAGAAGAUAUUGCAGGUAGUACACCAUUACACAUAGCUGUGGAAGAAGGCCAUAAGGAAAUUAUUGAGAUUUUGGUAGCAAAUGGAGCCAAUAUUAAUGUUAAGAGUACCAACCUAACACCAUUGCUUUCUGCUGUUAAGCAUAAUCAUAAGGAGAUUGUUGAAGUUCUUAUAGAAAAUGGAGCUAGUGUUAAUGCAGAAGGUGAUGAACUUUUAUCAUUAGCAGUGCUCGCUGGUUAUAGAGACAUUGUAGAGAUUUUGCUAAAAAACAAGGCCUGUAUUAAUAUGAAAGGUCCUGAAAAUACUACAUUAUUACAUUUGGCUGCUAAAAGAGGCCACAAGGAAAUAGUAAAUGUUCUGAUAAAAAGAGGAGCCAAUGUUGAUGCUAUAACUAUUAACGGCACAACACCAUUAUAUCUUGCAGCACAAGAAGGUCAUGAAGAAGUUGCUGAAAUUUUAAUAGCGAACAAGGCUAAUGUUAACGUUGCAAAUGUUAAAGGUGCUCCAUUACAUAUAGCUACAGGACAGGGCCAUGUUAAUGUUGUUGAAGUCCUAUUAAGUAAUGAAGCAGAAAUUAAUAUUAAGGACAAUAAGAACAGAACACCUUUAGAAUUAGCAGUUGCACAUGGUCAUUUGCAAGUGGUGAAAAUGUUAUUGCAGUAUAAAAAAGUAGAUAUGGACGCUAAAGGCAACGAUGAUUGGACGAUACUGCACAUUGCUUCACAGACAAGUAACUUAGAAAUUGUGAAAUGUCUAAUAAAUGAAGGAUCUGAUAUUAAUGCUAAAAAUGCUUCUGGUUCAAAGCCUAUACAUAUUGCAGCCAGAGAAGGUUACAAAGACACUGUACAAUUUUUCCUUAGUAAGGGAUUAAGUGUUAAUGAGCUUGGUGCAGUUAACCAGACAUUACUGCACUAUGCUGCAAUAAAAGGUCAGUUAGAAGUUAUAAAAUACUUGACAGCACAAGGGGCUGACGUUAAUGCUAAAGAUACUAAUGGCUUAACCCCUAUGCAUAUUGCUGCAAAUUUUGGUUAUAAAGACGUUAUUGAAGUUUUAUUAAAAAAUGGCGCAGUUUAUAACGCUGUUGACAAGUUUUAUAGAAAGCCAUUAGAAAUGACUAACAAAGACAACAAAGAUGUUAUCAAUUUAUUAGAAUCAACUGAAAAAUUAUUUAAGUCUGUAAAACGUAACAGCUCUUUAGAGGUUAAAAAUGAUAUUAGAGCAGGAGCAUUUGUUAAUGCAAAAAAUGCUGAUAGUGGAACGUCAUUACAUUAUGCUUCAUGGAAAGGCUAUGACGAAGUUGUUAAGAUUCUAUUACAGAAUAAAGCCAAUCCUAAUGCGGUUUGUAAUAAGAGAUUGACUCCUGUACAUUAUGCUGCUAAGUUCUCACAUUUAAAAAUUGUAAAAGCUUUACUGUCCUAUGGUGCUAUAUAUAAUGCUGUUUCUGACGGAGGUAAAACACCAUCAGACUUUACUGUAGAUAGAGAUAUAACAAAUUUAUUUAAGUUAAUUAGUGGGUCAUUUAAAAAAGUUAAAGAAAAUAAUGCUCAAGUUAUUAAUGACCUAAAUAAGGUAAAAGAUAUUGAUACAGUAAAAGCAGUGAUGAGUGCUCGUAACAGAGAGAACAAAACUUUAGUAGUUGCUGCAGUGCAUAGUAACUUUUCAAAAGUCGAGCAGUUGAAACAGAUAUCGCAAAGUGACGUAUCCACUCAGAUUGAUACAGCUUUAGUACUCUUGAAUCAAGGCAAUUAUCAAAGAGCCUUAAGUAUUUUCAAAAGCGUAUUUGAAAGAAGAAAAGAAAUAUUAGGACCAGAUAAUCCUGGUACUUUAGAUAUUCAGGCACAUAUAGCUAAAGUGCUAUACAAACAAGGAACUUACCAAGAAGCUUUAAAUAUGCUUAAAGAGAUUUUUAAGAAACAGACAGAAAUACUGGGUUUAAAUAAUGAGGAUACUUUAAGUACAAGAAGUACAAUUGCUUUAGUACUGUAUAGACAGGGGAAAGAUGAAAAAGCUUUUAAUAUUUAUCAAGAAGUCUAUCAGAAACAAAAGGAAAUACUAGGGUCAAAUCAUUCAGAUACCUUAAAUACUCAGUUUCACAUGGCAUUAUUAUUAGAUAGACAGGGAAAAUAUGAAGAAGCGUUAAAUAUCAAUAAGGCAGUUUUUGAAAAAAGAAAAGAAACACUAGGCACACACAAUUUAGCUACUGUGAGUGCCCAAAAUAAUAUAGCAAUGGUAUUAGCUAACCAAGGUAAAUAUGAAGAGUCUUUAAAAAUUUAUAAAAAGGUUUUUGAAAAGAAGAAAAUAAUUUUAGGUAUUAAUCAUGUUGAUACCUUGAGAACGUUACAUAACAUUGCUGGGGUACUCUUCAAACAAAAUAAACAUCAUGACGCCUUGAAAGCUUUUGAAGAGGUUUUAAAUAUCCAGAAAAAAGCUUUACAACAAAAUCACCCAGAAACCUUGAAUACUCAAUACAAUAUAGGAAAUGUACUUCUUGCUCAAGGCAAAUGGAUCAGCGCACUUAAAGUCUACAAAGAAAGUUUGGAUCAAAGAAAAGCUGUUUUGGGACCAAGACAUCCAAGCGUUUUAGAUAUUUUAACAAAGAUAGAGAUAAUUAAUUUAAGAUUUAAGCUUGAGGGUAGCGAAGCAUCAGAGGUUCUUCAGCAUCUGCAGAAAGAUAUCAACAUUGCUGCUAGUAAAGGUGAUAUACAAACUGUUCAGCGUUUAUUAAAAGAUGGAGCUGAUGCCAAUGAUAAAGAUAUUGAUGGAAGAACACCAUUACAUUACGCUGUUAGCUAUGGACACAUAGAUAUUGUAAACAUCUUACUAAAAAAUGGAGCUAAUGUUACUCAAGGUACUAACAAAGGUAAUACCCCGUUACAUACUGCUACAUCCAAAUGUUACAAAGAAAUUGUCGAGAUUCUGUUAAAACAUAUUAGUCGUGAUAAAUUAAAUGACUUUGUUAAUGCUAAAACUACUUUUAGUGGUACUACAUCACUUCAUGUUGCAGCUAAAAGUGGCUCCUUGGAAGUUGUAAAAUCUUUAUUAAAACAUGGUGCAACUUAUAAAAUUGAGAACAAAGAAGGCAAAACACCUAUUAAUCUUUCCAAUGAUCAGAAAGUUACUAAAUUCCUGAAAUUAAUUGAAGAAUUGUUUGAAGAUGCAAAAAAAGGUAAUGUUGAAAUUAUCAACAAGUUAAGGAUAAUAAAACAAGAUGAGUUUUUGGCUGUAACAAGCGCUCGUAAUAAUCAAGGAAGUACAUUAUUGCAAGUUGCCAUAGCUAAUAAACAUACAAUUGUUGCGAGUAAAUUGUUAGAAAUGCUAAAAAAGCCAGAUCAAAAUUUACAAGACGUCAAUAUAGAAAGUGGAGUUAAAAGUUUAAAACUUUAAAGGUUUGUUCCUAAAGGUUUAGAUUCAUGUUAUUAUGAUUUAAAAAAAGAUAGGCAUUGUGAGUACUAUGUUGAGAAAUUUACAGAACAACAAGAACAAUCAAGAUUUCAAAACUUCUUAACCUUAAAAAAGGAGAAUCUAGAUUAACAGUAUUGCACCUAACAUCUUCUGUAGACAAGGUAACUGGAGAAUAUACUAAAACUAUACAUUUUACUUUUAGAAGCAAGGGCUGAUAUGCAGAAUUAUAAAGGAAGGAUACCCUUGCAUUAUACUGAUGUUUUUGCUAAUGUAGCUUCUCUCUUAAAAGGAGGAGCCAAUCCUAGUGUACAAAGUAACAGAGGAAAAACAUCCUUACAUUAUGCCACUAGUAUUAGUCAUGCUGACUAUGUUAAUUUAUUCCUAGAGAAAAAAAGCUAAUCCUAACAUACGAAAUAGAAAAAAGGAAAUCCCACUGCAAGUUGCAAUUGAUAAUCGUUACUACUAUAUUAAAGAAUGCUUUUGCACUAAUGACCAAAAGAAUUUGAGUGCAGAAUUAUAUUGUAUACUUGAUAAAUGUUUUGGUGCAUAUGAGGAUUGUAUUUGGAACAAAAAUGAGAAUCGUUCAGAUUAUGUCACUAACUUCAUUAACUUCACUAAAAAUCUAAUCUUCUAGGUGAACACAAGAAUAGUGAAGAUCUGAAGAUAAUUUUCAGUAUUCGAGAUUGUGUCAUAAACCUUAUGUAAUUGCGACUAAAGGUUGGUUUAUGCAGGCAAUAACCGCUAACUUAUGCCGGAACCGGUAAGAAAUUAGCCAAUCAUAAUCGAUUUAUAGAAGAAUAAUCAACUAUGAUUGGUCAAUUUCUUAUUGAUUUCGGCAUAAGUUAGCGGUUAUUGCCUGCAUAAACCAACCUUAACUCUCAUUCUGGGCUAACGCAAUUCAGAAUUUGCGCGUAUCUGAUUGCAUCGUUUUUGGGGGACGGAUCUCGAUAGCACAUGCGACCAAUAGCACACCACCACUCACAGCGGCUGAUGCCUAGAGUUUUUCCACUGAUUGGGUUAGAUAACUCAAGAUGAUUGGUUGGUGGGCUAUCGUACCGUGCGCUAUCGGUUAAAACCGGCGCGCGAUUUUGAAAAGUUCAUGCAUGCGUAUCAGAACAUUCGUGGAAGGCAUCACGCUCGCCACCCCGAUAAUUGUGGCUCAACUUAAGUGCAAAAUUAAAUUAAACGAGUACUGGUUACAGUACAAUGAGUUGCAAUCGAAAAUAGAAUUACUCGACGAGCAGGAGUUCAAUGACUGGGCCGACUUCGAGGAUGCCUAUUAUUUGCUUUUUGCGAAAAUCUGCGAGAUUCUUAAGCUCGUUCUACAAUAGCAUAAACAUAAGACCGUAAGGUUGUAAGGCGUGGUUUUAAGAGCUUGUAAGCAAAUGAAAAAUUUUUAUUUCUUACGUUACAACCUUACGUCUUGUGUUUACUACUAUUGUAGAACAGGCUUUAAUCCGAUAAUGUCGGCGCGCGCGCAACCAGCCGUCCAGUGCGUUUGAUCGUUCCGAAAAUCGACUCAAUAUCCGACUGUCGAAGUUGAAUCUUUCUACGUUGUCUGGGAAGGACAAUGAGUGGUUUCCUUUCUUUGACUUUUUUAAUUCGCUCAUCUAUUUGAAUACGUCACUUAGCAACGUGCAAAAUUGCAGUAUUUACAAUUUUCACUUAUCAGUGAUGCGAGCAAUGUUAUCGCUUCCUUAGGAAUAUCGGAUUUCAAUUAUCAAGUAGCUUGGAAUUUGCUAAAGGAGCGAUACGAUAACAAACGAGUCAUAAUUCACACACACGUACACACGCACGCGAACACACACACACACACACACACACACACUAAAGCAAUAGUGGAUUUGCCACGCUUUGUUAAGGAAGAUUCAACUGACUUGCGGCGCAUUGCGAACGGGACGAUACGACACGUGCACAAGCGCUCAAAGCACUCAGAUGUCUCAUGCAACACUGGGAUGAUUUGUUAGUAUAUAUUUUAAACUCAAAGUUAGAUUUGUUCACAUUGUGCGAAUGGCAAUCAUCUCUGGUGGAUAUAGAGCCUAUGUUUAAGUAGUUUAAUGACUUUGUAUCUCAUCAUUGCUAAAUGCUGGAGGCCACAAGCGGUUCGAACGCCGCGUCCAAAGACACCAACAAACGCAUACAACAGCAAACAAUACGACAAGCUUUACGCGUGGCUGCAGUCAAAUAGAAAUGUAAUUUUUGUAACUGUAAGCACGCUAUAUAUUACUGCAGGGAUCUUUACCAGCUUCCCAUCAAGCAACGAAUGGUAGAAGUCCGCAAUCGCAAAAUCUGCAUCAACUGCCUGCGCUCUCUAGCUUACUCUCUGGACAAAUGUACAUCAAAAGGAUGCAAGAUCUGCAAGCAUAAGUAUAACACACUGUUACACGCCACAUCCGAGGAACGUGGUGAUGGCACCGACACAAGGGACAGCAAGUUAGGCCUUGACGGCAAUGGUGAUGCACGUUACAAGUAACACGAGCAGAAAUACUAUCAUGCUCUCUAUUACCGUAGUAAAUGCAAUCUACUCUGAUGAAUCACCACGCAUCUUGUUGGACUCAGUAAUCUGCGUAGGACAGGUCGGACCCACUCCAGAACAUUCAACAUUGCAAAAAACAAAA